AGUAGCAGGUAGUUGAUUCCGCCGUCAACCUGUGGAAGCUCCUGCGCUUGGAAUUCACACCGGGACGGUUUCCUUGCUUGAUUCUGGGAAACAACCCCUCCUCCUUUGUCGUGAGUCUAAUCCCAUCCUCCCUAGAGCUAACGAUAAAGAAAGAGAUCAUUUCAGUCAGGGGCUAUAAGAUAGGGAUUUAAAGCAUUCUCCAGAUAUGAAACACUCAGAAUCAAGCACCGUACAAACCGACGCACCACUUUGAACCGGCACGCGAUUCCGUUGGCGACGGGGAGAGAUUCUACGCUUACCACUGAGCGCAGCUCCGAUGUGCCUUUCAAUAACCUCAAUAGCCCGUGUACAUGGGGAUUUACUAUUCCAUCCAUUAUCAAAGAAACCUGUUUUUUGAGGAAAGAACAAUCGACUGUGAUUUGAGCUAUUUUUGUUUCAUUUUUUAAAAAAUACAUUCUGUUCCUGAGAAACUUUUUAAAGAUUUACCUUAUUAAAUGUGUAGCAGCGUAAAACGCGCAUAACGCAACCUGUAAACGUUUCAUUAUGGGGCCCGGAAUCAUGACUGAACAGUAUUAACAAGUUUUUGAUUACUUUUCAAAACAAACGGAACCAGAGUUUUUCUGUGAGAAAUUUUCUUCGCUUUGGAGAAAUGGGUUCAAUUGACGCUGUAGGAGCUGUUCAUGCUUGGAGUCAGGUGAAUGUCUCUUCGUUUGCCUUUUUAAAUUCAUCAUUGCCCUUACCCUCUCCGCAAACCCCCGGCUCGUUCAAUGAGAUCUUCAUAACAUCUUUGCUUGGGACAGUACUAACCGUGAUGUGCUUAGUUGGGGUCGUUGGAAAUGUGUAUACUCUGGUCGUUAUGAACAUUUCAGUUCGGGUCAGUUGUUCAAUGUACGUUUAUAUUAUUAACUUGGCCUUGGCUGAUUUAUUGUACUUAGCCACAAUCCCAUUCGUGGUCUGUACCUACUUUGUGAAGGACUGGUACUUUGGAGACAUCGGGUGUCGGAUUCUUUUCAGCCUCGACUUCCUCACCAUGCACGCCAGCAUAUUUAUUCUGACCGUAAUGAGUACCGAGCGGUACCUGGCGGUUGUUAAACCUCUGGAUACUUUUGGAAGAUCACGGCACUACAGGAGGACAGUAACCUGCGCGGUUUGGCUUGUGUCGUUUUUGCUGGCUCUCCCGAAUAUGAUCAUGAUUGAUCUUAAACGGACUGGUCAGAAUGGACAGGUGAAACGCAUGUGCCACCCGACCUGGCAAAUGAAAGCGUACAAGGUGUAUCUGACUGUGCUAUUCAAUACCUGCAUCUUGGCUCCUGGUAUUGUUAUUGGGUAUCUAUAUGUUAGAUUGGCCAGGACUUACUGGAUGUCGCAGACCACGGUAUGUACAACAAAAGAAAUGAAUCGCUGUCCGAAACAGAAAGUGCUUUACAUGAUCCUCUGCAUCGUUGCCGCAUAUUGGGCUUGUUUCUUACCAUUUUGGCUAUGGCAGCUACUUAGCAUGUAUUACUUUGGACUUGGGAAUUUAUCUCAAAAGACAAUGAUGUACGUUAAUUUCAUAGUCACUUGUCUAGCCUAUAGCAACAGUUGCAUCAAUCCAUUUCUUUACACAUUGUUGACGAAGAAUUACAAGGAAUAUUUGAAAGGACGACAAAAGAGUUUUGUUGGGUUUAAAAGAAAAUUUAGACACUCGUCGCAAAGAUCUGUGUCAUCAGGGAGUCACCAGUUCACAGAGACUAUGACCGUCACGCACUUGAAGGGAGUCACGGACGCAUGCAAUUUAUAAUUGCUCACUAUGAACAAGUAUUAAAUAGGCUAUGUAGGCUAUCGCGCGCUUGUGUGUGAUUGCGAUAGAAAUUUCGAUCACAAUCCUGUCAUAUCUAAUAUUGUAGGUUGCAAUUAUGGCUCUAUAAUUUAAAAUGUCAUUUCAGAAUGGCUCGUAAUGAUUAGCUUUCCUCAGACAACAUAAUUUGCUCGCCUAAUUAAUUAAUUAAUUAAUUAAUCUAAUAUGCUAAUUUACGAAUGUUUAUUCUUUGUUGGGGAAAGUGUGGUAAAUUAUGGAAAAUAACACGAUGUAAUAUUAUCCUUCGACAGACAAUUGUAGAUAUGUACGCACAAAUCAAGGUCAUAAUGAAGUCCUGGCUGUUUCAAGUAGUCAGUUGAGUUCAAGUACGAUGACUUUUUCUGCGUAACAUUUAGCAAUAAACACUCAAUUAUUUUUCAAAGCAGAUUAACAAUGAAAGCACAUAGUUCCGCACUAUUUAUACUUGAAAAAAAAUCCAUAUUAUGAAGUUAUUUUCUAUGAUGCGAAGCAUAGACUAGCAAGUAGAAUAUGAUUACAAGAACGAUGUAUGCUUCGGAGCAACUACUCUUUUCAAAGUGGAAAUGGAGUCGUCAAUUAUUUUUUGUGUGUCUUACAGUAGGCUGUAGCCUACCUUCUUCGAUAAAAUAAUGAUGAUGAUGAUGAUGAUGAUAAUAAUAAUAAUACACACUGCUGUAGUCGUCUGAUACAGAGUGCAAAUGUAAAUACUAUUUUCAUUGCUGCUAUGAAAACCUAUUUCAAACUAAAAGCAAAGAGCUUUUUCUUGUCAUUGGAUGUGCAACAAUGUAUGCAGUGAAUAGGUUACUAAUGGAGUGGUGCAGUAAUUUGUUUUGAAUAGACAUUUGUGUUGUGAUGAUGUCUAAGACAAGCUGAGAUGCAAUGCUUAUCCCGGACCUUGACUUAAUUCAAAAUUUGUAAAUAAAGAAAUGUUGAUUCACGAUUACACUGAAAAGCAGGUUUGUUGUUCCCAAUACAUACUCUUGUAGAAAUAUAUAAAUUGUCUCUGUGCCUUCUAUGUAAAGAUUGAUUAUUAUUGUAAAUAAUUAAGAGUAGAGUUUCGCUCAAAGGCUUCCGUACAAGUGGCUUUUGUGAAUGCAGUGUUGACCAUGCAUGUAAGUGCUCACUCUACAUAUGUGCUUCUUAUUUAAUGAUGGCAUAUAAUUUUUUAAGUCAACACCAAUAAAGCUCUUUCACAGAGAAGAAUAACAACUCUGACAUGACUGGUAGUGAUUUCCAGCUGCGAGACAAAAAUAAAUAGGCCAGUGGUUGGCUCUUCUGGCACUUCACACAUCUCAGUCAUUACCUUUUAUACAAUCUGGUUUAGGCCUAAAGUUUUGUUUUAAUCAGUUAUAUGUCAACAAUACCAUUUUAAAAUGAAUUAUAUUAACUUUUACCAAUUAUUAUGUAUAAGUCUAGAUAAUGAAUGACUGCAUUUUAUUGUAAUUUUUUUCAAUAAGUUAACUUCAAAUUUACAUCCAAGGUACUGUAUUAGUAAAUGUAGGCUAAGUUUAUAAAUAAAGAUUUAUUUAUUCAGUUUUGGUCAAAUUGAUAACAUUUGUUUCUCAUGCAGAGAAACAGAAUAUCAUCUAUGUGUUGAAAAUAUGUCUACUAUGAAUUUAAAUUUUUCUUAUUUUGUUUCAGUUUUCAUAUCAAGAAUUCAUUGUUUAGGUCACAUGGUACUGUGACUAAAUGUGUAGACAAGUACAGUAAAAAUAACAUUGAAUAUCCUGCUAUUUCAUUAAGUUAUUUAUUUAUUUAUUUAUUUAACAUUUUCAGCAUUUAGCUGAUUUUUUAACCAGAGCAACUCACACAUCUUACAUUUUUAUACAAAAUUGAUGUGUACAUUUGGAUAUUUUACUGAAGCAUUUCGGGUUAAGUAUCAUGUUAGAUGACAUAAUGUCAUGACACCAAGCGGGAAUUGCACCCAAAAGUUACAAGCCCAGUUUCCUAAUCAUUAUACUGCAAUACCAUCCCAAAAACAUAAAUAUUAUAUUUAUAAUAAAUAGUUGACUUAUGUUUUGCAACUGAAUAAGCAAACAAUGUAAGAAUCCUUUAUUUGCUGGUCAAUUACAACUACUUCUUAAAAGCUGUCAAAAUGACCUUUGAUGUGGUUAAAACUUAUCAAUGUCCUUCACCAAUGCUAUUGUGGCGCAGUGGACGAUGAUGCCAUUCAAUAAGCACUUCUCUACCUGGGGGCUGCUGGGGGGCUGCUGGGUGGCUGAUCCACUGCACUGAUAAGACUUAAGGCUCCAGUGUGUGGAUGCAUCCUGAUAUCUAAUCCUGACCAUGCCAGUGCUGAGUGUGGCCAGCAGUUCUCUGGCUAAGACAUCUGAAGUUUGCCUCUAUCAGCUGUGCAUGACAUAUGCACCAAUCACUGCAUAGCUUGGUUGGUGGGUUGAAUAGUGUGAAAAAAACCUGAUGGGUUCCCUGAAACUAAUAGUAUUAUGACCAAAAGGACUUCCCAAAAACCCCAAUAGAACCACUGGGGCUGUCAAAAUUGAGUGUUCUGUUUGUUAAUAAAAUAUAGGAUUUAAUUAGGAAUAAAAUCUGUAUGGGCCAGUGUUUUAUGUCUUCUUUUGGUUGGAUGCAUUUCAGUUGCUCACCAUCUCCUGUAUAUUUUAACAAUUUAAUGUUGGAUGGUGCAAUUAGUUGAUAUCAGAUAUUGAAAAUGACUGAGCAUACAUCUUAAUAGAACAUAAUUAUGAGGCUUGAUGUCA